AUGUUUCCGUUGUGUUGCACGUGUUGCGAGAAUUCGACACUCGACGAUUGCCCGCAUGCGAACGAAGCCGACCGCUGGUUGAGCGGUACAUGGGUGUCGGACGAAUUGAAAAAAGCGAUCACCCUGGGGUACAGAAUUGUCGAUGUCAGCGAAAUAUGGCAAUACGAUAUCACUUCGUACGAUCCCGCGACGAAGCAAGGCGGUUUGUUCGCCGGAUACAUAAACACGUUUCUCAAGUUGAAGCAGGAGGCCAGUGGCUGGCCAGCGGAAUGCGAUGACGAGACAUCUCGACAACGCUACGUAGAGGAAUACGAGCGCGUUGAGGGGAUCCGCCUGGACGGGUGCAAGAUAGCUAAAAACGCCGGGCUGCGUUCGGUGGCGAAACUUUGUCUGAAUUCGUUCUGGGGUGAAUUCGGGCAGCGCGAUAAUUUACCGCGUACAGAGGUGAUCAACGAGCGGCAGAGGCUCUUGGAGCUUCUCACCGAUCCGGACGUCGAGGUUCGCGUUAUUUUGCCCGUAAACGAGCGGAUUCUUUACGCGCGAUGGGGACGUACGGGGAAAAGCGCGAUAUUGUCGCCCAUCGCCAACGUCGUCUUAGCCGCCUACACCACGGCCCAAGCGCGUUUGAAGCUCUACAGCUAUCUGGAAAAAUUGCAGUGUAGGGUAUUGUAUUUCGACACCGACUCUGUCAUUUACGUGAAGAGCGAGAACACCCGCGACGAAUACAAACCGCCGACAGGGAAUUUUCCGGGCGACUUGACGGACGAAUUGGCGGCUUCCGGCCCCGGUAGCUAUAUACGAUCGUUCGUCUCGGGGGGUCCGAAAUUUUACGCCUUUGUUGUGAAACGCCCGGGCGAUCGGGAUGAGGUAAGGGUGUGCAAGGUCAAAGGCGUUACUUUGAACUAUCAGACAGGUCUAAAGAUAAAUUUUCAAUCCGUCCGAAGCAUGGUGACCGACGCCCACGAUCCUAUCACGGUGGAGCGACGCGCUAUCCAGCGCACCAACCUGCAUCACGUGGUAACGCGCACGAUCUCCAAAACGUGUCGCCCGGUUCAAUUAAAGCGUCGACUCUGUCCGAACAGCUGCGACACGCUACUCUUCGGUUACAAGGUGACAUGA